UUUGGGGGCGGGAAAUGCACAUAUACUUUUAUCUCAAAUUAAAUUUAUGUGCAUAAUUUAUUGGGUGCUGAUGUUCUGCAGGAGUGCCUGGACUGGAACGUGGGACUGUGUACAUAGAUCAGUUGUACUGAGGCUCUGAAUGUGAGUUAAAAGACCUAGUCUCUUCUAGCUCCACCCCAACAUUUGAUUCUGGCUGUCUCUGAUUAUCAUGCUGAAGAAGAGGAACCCUGAGGUGCUGAUGGACCGGGAGGUUCUGCUGGAUCUGGACUACAGCGGCGAGACUCAUGGUCCAGACAGUUAUGGAAGCCUGAAAAAUGGGGGUUUCAUCCCACCCAGAUAUUUGAAUACUGCGGCUAAUGAUGAGGAUGAUGACCCCAUAUAUGUUCAUUGUGAGCGGACCUCAAGCCCACCUGUUCACCCCUCAGGCAACUACCUCAGAGACGGCCAAACAAAAAUUGACUUUGUGCUGGUGUGGGAGGUGAAGGUGCGUCGCAAGCGUCGAAGUCGGGGACAGUCGCAAGGGGAGGCUGCAGAGGAGGCAGUAGAAGCAGCACAGGAGGAGAGCAGGUCAGAGAGAAGAAAAGCUCAGCUGGCCCGAUGGAGGGACAAAUUCAUCCAGAACCUCCAGAGUGCUGGACUGUUGAUGGAAAAGGAGGAAUCAUCCAGUGUAAAAAAGACUAUACACUAUCUGAAGCUCCAUGCUCCAUGGGAUGUAUUGGUUUACUACGCUGAGGAGUUAUGUCUUAGAGCACCUCUGCAGGCACAGCCACACCCAGACUUCAACACUUCUGCUCGAGUUCUUCAGAAGGUCUGGGUGCCGAACAUCAUGAAAGACUCAGUCCCCAACCGUCCUGUGGACUACUACACAUGUGCCUUCCGCAAGUCCAAAAUGGAAAAGUUUCUGGGCUCUGAUGACCGUGAAAACUACUUCACCAACACACAGAGACACCGCAUUGUGUAUGAAAUCUUAGCAAGGACUGUGUAUGGCAGGAGGAAGCGUGCAGAAGUUGGAGUCGCUCGUCUUCUGAAUGAGGGGGCUUUUACGGGUGCAUUCCCUCUGCAUGAGGGCCCAUUUGAGCUCCCAGGUUGUGACAUGCAGCCCGAUCAGUUGAACAAGAGGCAGGUACUGUACCACUAUUGGUCCAACUGGUUAAAAUGGUACAAGUACCAGCCUCUAGAUCACAUCCAUGAAUACUUUGGAGAGAAGAUUGCGCUUUAUUUUGCAUGGUUGGGAUUUUACACAGCCUGGCUUUUGCCUGCUGCAUUGGUUGGGACGUGCGUCUUUGUUUCGGGUAUUUUAACAAUGGGAUCCAAUACCCCAGCGAAGGAAAUCUGCGAGAGUGGAGGAUUUUAUCUAAUGUGUCCUCUGUGUGAAACCUGUAAACCCUGGAAUAUAUCAGACAUCUGUCCCAUGGCCAAGGUGGGCUAUCUGUUUGAUCAUCCCGGCACUGUCUUCUUCAGUGUGUUCAUGUCUUUGUGGGCCGUCACGUUCUUGGAAUACUGGAAACGCAAGAAUGCCACUCUCGCUCACCACUGGGACUGCAUGGAUUUCCAUGAAGAUGAGGAACCACCACGUCCUGAGUUUGUUGCCAUGGCUCCUGCAAUGGAGGAAAACCCAGUGACAGGAGUAAAGGAACCCUACUUUCCUGAAAAGGCCCGGAUUUCACGCAUGCUGACCGGCUCUAUGGUCAUUGUUAUAAUGCUGUGUGUAGUGAUGAUCUUCUUGGUCACAGUGAUCAUAUACCGCAGUAUAGUGAGCGUAAUGAUGUUUGAAACUGGGAGUUCUGUGCUGCGUACUCAGGCUGGGAAUAUUGCCAAUAUCUCCAGCAGUUUGGUGAACCUGGCUUUGAUCUUGCUGAUGGGGCAGGUCUACACAGCCCUGGCAGAACAGCUCACUAAAUGGGAAAUGCACAGAACACAGACACAAUAUGAAGAUGCCUUUACAUUCAAAGUCUUCAUCUUCCAGUUUGUCAACUUUUACUCGUCGCCCUUCUAUGUAGCCUUCUUCAAGGGCAGAUUUGUGGGCUAUCCUGGUCAUUAUGGCACACUGUUCGGGAUGCGGAACGAGGAUUGCGGACCAGGAGGUUGUCUGAUAGAACUGGCUGAGCAGCUCUGCAUCAUCAUGGUGGGAAAACAACUUAUCAACAACAUUCAGGAGUUUGUCAUCCCUAAAAUAAAGGCUUGGAGACAGAAACGGGCCUUAUCAUCUGUGAAAAAGGCCCAGAAGGCAGAGGAGCCCAAGCGCUGGGAGCAGGACUAUGAGUUGAUUCCAUGUGAGGGGCUUUUUGACGAGUAUCUGGAGAUUGUCCUGCAGUUUGGCUUCAUCACCAUUUUUGUGGCGGCCUUUCCUCUGGCUCCUCUCUUCGCCCUGCUGAAUAACUGGGUGGAAGUGAGGCUGGACGCUUAUAAGUUUGUGUGUGAAUAUCGGAGACCCGUGGCAGAGCGAGCCCAGCACAUCGGUGUGUGGUUCAUCAUACUGGAGGCACUGUCCCACGUGUCUGUCAUUGUCAAUGCUUUCCUCAUUGCAUUUACCUCAGAUUUUUUGCCUCGCCUGUUGUACCAGUACAAGUUUAACAAUGACCUGCAUGGUUAUGUCAACUUCACGCUGGCUUACUCUCCACCCAGUUAUAACUACUCCAGUCAUACUGUGUGCAGAUAUAAAGCAUUUCGGGAUGAAAAUGGAAAAUACACGCUGGUGUAUUGGGAGCUUCUGGCUGUAAGACUGGGCUUUAUCAUUGCCUUUGAGCAUGUGGUGUUCUUCGUCCUGCGUGUCAUCGACUGGAUGGUUCCCGACAUCCCUGAGUCCUUGGAGCUGAAGAUCAAGCGGGAGCGUUACCUGGCUAAGCAGGCUUUGGCUGAUAACCAGGAGGCCCUGCUGCAAGCGAAGCGCCUCCUCGCUACAUGAGACUGACAUGCAGGGCAGGGGCUUCUCCAGAAGGGGGCACAGUCGUUAAGAAAACACUUUACACCCUUAGAAGUGAUCCAAGAGGGACUUGUUUUGAAAAAAAAAAAAAUGC